AUGACCAAGCCCUUGUGGGUGGACGAACCUUCCACCAUUGGCGCUUCCCGUCGUGGUUCUGGUAAAGUCGCUGAUAGCUCUAGGAAGAGUUCUGGACACCAUCUUUGCGCAAUUAUCAAAUUCGCUCAGGUUGUAGGGCGAGGCGAAGCAAGUCAACUAGCGACGAAGGUAACCUCCGCAGCAGGACAUGAUUCUCGGCGGGCAGAAGAUGCCGAUUGGAAUAGAUUUUCAACGACAAAGAUGGUGAAGCUCGAGGGCGUGAUUUCGCUACGAUGUUUAUUCGCAAAUCCUAAAAGCUGGUCCUGCUCUUCAAUCCACGAUUUUUAUCUACUACAUGGUCGAGCUAAAUUCUCUAUUUUCCACUCAAAAUUUCAACAGCGAACGGCCUCCGCCAGACAGCAUGUGGAUAUCUUCGACUGCGAGCGCGACCACGAGAGAGAUGGAAAAGAGGACUACACAUACAACGUUGCGGUUACGGAGCUUGAAAACCAGAGUAUAGCGAGUACUUGUCCCUCGGAAUAUCCCACUGAAUCCUCUCCAUUGUUUGAUUCCUCUGUCCGCUCCUUGCGCGAUCCAUCGGAGCCCAUUUCAGAUUUCAUAGGACCCUUGCCCAGGCCCUCGAAGUUUCAACUUGAUCCGCUGAGGUUAGAAUUCGAAUCAGAUAUCGGCAACUCGGAAAAGAUUGGAAGCAAACUACUUGACGAUUCACGAUAUAAACACGAUUUUGGAUACUGGAAAGAGUUGCUGGACUAUCGCCAAAGACAUUACGGCGACAGGGGCGUUGUGCAUAUAUGGAAAGGACUCACUGAAAGAUGUGCAGGACUGGAUUUGCCAGUCGAAGGAGCGGAUGCUGAUCAUCUAUGGAAGAUUUUCAUAGCUGUUGCCGUGAAAGAGGAACGGUUAAUGAAAGAGGUGCAGUUAUACGCAGAGGAUUUAUGGACAAGAACAGGGAAGCGGUGGCGCCACUUCUAUAAAGAGGCCGUUGGUGCGUAUUUUCGCCAGGGGCGUUCUAGAAAAGCCGCAGAAUGGCAUAUCAGGUUGAAGCAAGUUCACUUUAGAUGGCCGAACGAAAUCCUUACUGUGCUUCCACAGGCACUAUCCGCCGAGGGCGGCCUACAAAGCUUCAGGAACAUCUGCAGAGACGUUGAGGGACAUAAAAUUUACGGCAGUGUGGUGCCGCUUCUCUGGAACCAGGGGAGGAUUCGAGAUGCGCUCGCAAUGCAUGACUUUUUAAUGUCUCGCGGAGACGGUCCAGGGGCGAUCUCGGAAAUUGAGCCGCUACUGAAAUACGUUGAGUUGUAUGGCUCCGAGAAGCAGUAUAGCUACUUUGCCAGAGAGCUUGUAAAAGCUGGCAUCAUGCGUAACGGAUCACCUUCCGAUACAGAAACAGCACCGUCUGAGGCAGACAAACAAACCGAUACUAAUUCGAAUCCGUCAAAGAAAGUGGUUUUCAACGAUGAAUUUGGGGCACGAUUGUUUGCCACUAAAGCUUUGACCUUUGACUUGAUUCUUGCUGGUUUGAUCAUGUUUGGGGUCGAAACAAUUGGUCCCCUGACGCUUCGAGAGAUGGCGAUAAGGACCAGAAGCGUGGAAGAACUAGUGUCUCAGUUGGUGGCCCUAAAAAGGGCGAAGAUUUCUACGGGAGAAUCAGUCUUUUCGAAAGUGGUCGUGAAACUGGCUUUUGGAAAGUCUACUAAGUUGCUGGAAGACGUUCUCGAGAGCGAUCAACAUCCCGAUGUUUUUGAAGAUAUGAGGAUUCAAGAGUCACUUCUCGCUACAUAUACGCUGGCUGAAGACUGGCGACAAGUCAAUAAAACCCUUGCGAUUAUGUCGGCCGCUUCAAACGAAGACCCUCAGAACCAUAAUGUCCUAUUUCGGAAUGCGGUGCGAGUUGGCAAUUGGGAUGCUGCGAAGCAGCAGUUUGAGACGAUGAGAGAGCAAGGCGUUCACUUAUCAAAAAUGACCAUCCUGUGGUUGGCGCGCGAGAUACUCCCUUGGCGUCGACGGAGCCACCGUCCCCGCAAAGACAGGGCCUCAGUCGACGCUCUACGGCGCCUAAUCUGGAUCUACCAACAAGUGAUAAUAUCCGGAGGACGUGUCCCACCGGAGGCAUGGACCGAGUGUAUAAAACGCCUUGGCAUGUACGACUUGUGGGACGAACUUGAGAAGUUGUGUUUCUGGAUAGUACCCUUUUACGCGCCCACAAGAGCUGCGAGACCCGGCUGGGUGCAUAGUUCCAAGCCACCUUCGCUUUUCUCGGAUGGAGAUGCGCAAUCCCUUGAACGUUUGCUGCCGACAGCCCAUUCAAGCUCUCCACUGCGAAGGAUAUUUAGCGUUCGGGUACAAGAAGCGAUCAUCGCCUGGGGAUUCAUUCUCCGGCCACACCCUGAUUAUCGCAACCGACUGUUACCCAACCCUUUCAGCAGGGGUGAAUACUUGAUUCCUUGGGUUCGAGGAAUAACGCUUCUUCGCGAGUUGAGAAGAAAAGGCGUAGUCGUCCAAACCAACACUGUCAAACGCGCCUGUCGAGCCCGGCUUGCGACACUGUUUUCAAAUUAUCGCCGGUCGAAUCGCCAGCGGAACCGUAUGCUCCGGAGGGAAAACCCAUGGUCUCUAAAUGAAAUCCUGCUGGAUAUCCGCAAGGCUUGGGGGAAACCUAUGUUCCUUGAAUAUGGGUCGGAUUACCGCAAACUUGUGAAUCCUAGGACCCAUGCUGUACGGCCUGGGCGCUGGACGCGGAGAGCGACUGAAGAUUUCGAGAACCGGCGCCAGGCUGGGUUUUCCCACUACGAGGGGCCGGGAUGA